UGCGGAUAUUAUUUUACUACUGUUACUAUCUGUUACUUAUUGUUUUUGUUGUUAUGAUUACCACCAAUAAACUUUUGGCACUUUCCUCGCAGCUUUCCAUGAGACGCUUUCCCUCAAGAGACAAGCAUUUGGAUUGUCUUUCAAACCGCAAUGACCCAGUCUCUCGCCCAAAUUCAUUUGCUUUAUGGCCUUCAUCCUGUUUUAGCUGCACUAACUUUUCGUCAGCGUAACAUAAAAUGCCUUCACGUUCGGGAGGAUUGGAUCAAAGGGCAAGUGGCUGAUGGGCCUGCACGUCCAUGGUUGUCACGCAUUUGUGAGGUUGCCGAUCACUCCCGAAUUCCCAUUCUCCCGACAUCCAGCGUAGAGUUGGGAAAGCUGGUCAACGGUCGGGCACAUCAGGGCGUUGUUCUUGAGACCGAUCAAAUACCAAUCAAUGAAGUAACUGGAAAGACAAUAUCUCAUCUGUUAUCCUCUCUCAGAUUCGGUUCACGUAUAACGCAUGGUACACUGGCACACCACAGGCGCCCCAUUUCUCUGCUUCUGGAUCAUCUAACCGAUGUGAUGAAUGUUGGAAGCAUUUUCCGUACUGCUGCAUUCUUUGGAGCCUGUGCUGUUUUCCUGUCAGCGGCCCCUUGCGUCACUCCUUCAAACCUAAUCAGCAAGCUAAGCGUAGGAGCCAUGGAAAGUUUGUUAUUCUACCGUCUCACAGACACGAUUGCCGAUCUAAGGGUACUCAGUAAAGCCGGAUUCUUGAUAGUAGGAACAGCGGGGCAACACUCAUCGGAAAGUCUGGAUGCUCGAUACAAAGCUGAAUGGAAUCUUACACCUGAUAUGGUUGGUCGAAACGAUGACGGAGGCACGGGAAUCGCUCCUAGACCUUUGAUACUUGUUCUCGGUAAUGAAUCGACUGGAAUAAGUCAGGAAGUGCUCAAGGCUUGCGAUUUGCUCGUUCGUGUAGUCGGGUCUCAUGAAUCAGCCGCCACUCCUCUCUCCUCCAUCCCUUCCUCGCUCAAUGUGGCAGUUGCCACGGGCAUUCUUUUUUACCAUCUUACAGCACUCAGACACCGGACCGAAGAAGUUGGACAACCAUGCUUCUCCCUCUGAAGUGAUAUUGUAACAUUUAACCUCUCAUUCAUUGUAUAGACCUAUUAUAAUUACCUGUUUUUUUUAAAGUCAAGC